AUGGACCAAGUUGCUGCUACUCUCGGUUCUGCUCUAAUGCAAGUCAGCUUGGUGAGCUGCUGGUCACAUGUUGCAUUGCAGACCAAUGCUCAACAAAAGGAAUUAAGCGAACACAAACAAAGUGUUAAUGAAUUGGAAAAUGAGGUGCUUCAGCAGCUGCGAUUUAGUCAUGAUCGUUUGAAUGAUCUAAAACUUCGACAUUGUUUUCUCAGUUGUGCUUUAUAUCCUGAAGAUUGGAGAAUUGAAGAGAGAGAGCUUGUUAAACUAUGGAUUGCGGAAGGGCUUGUGGAAGAAAUGAAUAGCAGGCAGGCAGAAUUUGACAAGGGUCGUGCAAUAAUUAAUAGACUCAAAAACAAUUGUUUGUUAGAAGAUUUUUCUGAAUUGGAAAAGAAGUAUCUUCUUAUAAGCAAUACGGCAUACAAUAAAAGAGGGGUAAAGAUGCAUGGUCAUAUGAGGUAUAUGGCAUGCAAUAAAGGACGGGUAAAGAUGCAUGAUCUUACAAGGGACAUGGCAUUACACAUCACAAGUGCAAAACCUCGAUUCUUGGUAAAAGCUGGCAUGGGAUUAAGGGAGCCACCAAAUGUGCAAGAAUGGAGUGAAGAUUUGGAGAAGGUUUCAUUGAUGAGGAAUCGGAUGUUAGAAGUUCUGUAUCCCUUGGAAAUGUCACCACCAAAGUAUCCGAUGCUCACAACAUUGUCGCUGGCUGAUUGUGGUAUAAAGGGUAUUCCGGAAGACGGUGUGCCAUUUUUGUCAAAGCUUCGAGAUUUAAAAGAGUUGGAUCUUCAAGGAACAAAAAUCAAGGAAGUCCCUCAUGGGUUGGAAAAACUUGUUGAGUCUCAAGAGGUUGGUGAGUUGAAGAAAUUGGAAAUGAUUAAAGGGAGGUUUUACGACUUCCACGACUUGAGCAUGUAUCUCCAAGCUUUUCAUGAUCGAGAAGUGCCUCGUAAAUAUAUCAUCCUUGUGGGUAAAAGACAAUUUCCGGAACUUGUAUUGGAAUGCCUGCCUGAGUUGAAGAGCAUUUGCAGCUUUGAUGCCGUGGUGGAUUAUGAAUCUCUUAAAUGGAUUAACGUAAGAGAUUGUCGAAAACUAAAAAGGCUGCCUUUUAGUCUUCCCCAAAUCCGAUCAUCUUCACCUCUCUCAUUUUCUAUUUAUGUAACACCAGAGGAGUGGUGGAAAUCAGUGGAAUGGGAUUAUUACCAUGCCCAGUCUCUUUUGGAGCCAUUCGUGACUUUUUUAAGCAUUUAA